CUCCAUCGCGAUGUUUUCCAUCAACGUCGGCGUCUUCGGUUUAUUAUCACUUUGGCGUGUGAAUCUCGAUCCGAUAUCGAUGUGCACCACAUUGAUGAGCAUCGGUUUCUCAGUAGACUUCACUGGUAGGAGUUUCUCAAGAUCUAUCGGGUGGCCAAUGAUACAAGCGGGUUGUUCGACUAUUUUAUGCAUUUCGCCUCUUCUAUUGGUUGAUUCCUAUAUGGUGUACGUUUUUGUAAAAACUGUUUAUCUUGUCAUUGUACUCGGUCUACUGCACGGGAUCGUCUUUCUUCCGGCAUUGUUGUUAACACUACGGAUGUUGUGUUGUGCAACGACGUUGUGCUUCCGACAUCAUGCUCAUCGAAUGGUACCAGAGAGAAGGGAUAAUUCUUUACAGGAUCACUCCGUCGUUUCCACGUACUGGUCAUCGAAUCUCAGAAUGCUAUAUCUACAAGUUUAUUUUUGUCGGUUUUGUGUCUGUACAUAG